AUGACAUCUGAUAACUUUUCUGUACAAAUUCAAGUUGAAGAAAUUAAAAAUGAAAUAAAGAAAUUUUCAAAAAUUGUUUGCUCUCCUAAUAUGAAACAUGUUGCUGCAUUAGACGAAGAUAGUAAUAUUAGUUUUUGGUCUAUUGAAAGUAAAGACCAAUUUCCGGAGAAAGUUAAAACAAUUCAUAUUGAUAAUAUUUGUACAAAAUCAAAAGGUGAUAGACUAUUUGCAAUUUCAGAUAACAUGUUUACUUCAAUUGGUCUCGAAAUAAAAAAUCACUACAACUUUAAAAUUUUCGAUUUUAAAACUGAGGAUGAGGUAUUACUUACUUUUCCGGAUCAGCAAAAUGAAAUUGACUUUUUGUCAUUUACUGAUAACGGAAACAUUAUAAUGGUUAAUACUAAACAUUACAGAGCAUAUGUUUUUUUAAGUAAAUAUAAUAAAUGGAUUUGUAAAUCAAUGGUUGAACUGAAAUAUUUUAAACAAAUUUUUAUUACACUUAAAAGUAAAUUGAUCAUAUUUAAUGAUACGAUUUAUGAGAUUACAGUAUGGGACAUUGAAACGUUAUCAGUCAAAACUCAUAUUUUAAUAGAGUGGAAUUAUACUCUUGAAUCUAUUGAAAUUAGUGAUGAUGAAGAGUUAUUAUUAAUAUGUGCAAAAAGUGAGGAAACUGAAGAAACACGUUUAUAUGUCUUUUCCACCGAAACUGGGAUAAAUCUAGCAUUCUCUAUAAAUAGGUUUCACUUGAUCGCUUCUAGAAAAGGAGAAAGAUUAUUUUAUGUAUUAGACGAUCCACCUGAUAAGGAAUAUUAUAUAAUGGAUCCUUAUAAUCUAAUAAAUCCAAUAGAUGUAAUUAAACUUUUUGAAAAUAACCAAAUUCAAGAACCAUACCAAAUUAAAUCAGAUAAAAUAAUCUAUACGAUUGAUGGGAAAUUGUCAAUCAAAGAGUUGGUGCCUGAUAAUUCUGAAGAUUGGGUUAAAUAUUUGCGAAGAGAACUGAAAGACACAAACAGCAUUAUAACACCAUCUGAAAAUACAAUUAAAAGUAUAAAUAAUAUAUUAAAUAAAGAAUAUAAUGAAUUUAUUCUUGAUAACGAAAAAGAAUUUCUAGGGAAUUAUUUAAAAUGGGUGUUAGAAUUAAACGAUCGAUCAAUCAAAUUAACUGUGAUUGAAUUUGAUUUCCACAAGAAUGAUUGGGGUCCAAAUAGUAGUAAUCUUGAAAUUUUUCCAUCUUAUAUUUUUUCCAGUUUUGUUAAUGAAAAGAAUUUUAUACUACACUGUGAAGUUCUUGAGAAUGAUGAUUUCAUUAUGAAUACAUAUAUUGGUGUAAUAAUCUGGACUUUUAAAUCUUCUAAAUUCACUAAAGAGAAAAACAUUAAAAUGCAUUAUUAUUGGAAUGAUUAUAAUAAAUCCAUAACUGAAUCAGCAGAUGAAUACGCAUUUAACAAAAAAAUUAAUGACGAUAACAAUGACGAUUGUUUUGAGUUGUGGACCUCAAAAAGAAUUCUCCCCCCUUCAAGUUAUGAUACAAUCUAUCAUAAUUUAAAUUUGAAAUUUGGUAGAAAAUUGCUUUUCUUGGAGUUUUUAGAAGAUAAUAUAAAAGAAGAAUUUUAUUUAACUUGCUAUGGAAAAAUUCUCAUGAAAAUAUUUAUUUCAUUAAAUGAUGAUAAGUGGAUCAUAGAUUUAGGUAACAGACUUAUUGACAUGUGCUUGUAUGAAAACAAUCAUUUAAUUUUUAAACUUUCUUUGUUGAGUAUUAUUUUUGAAAACAUUUAUGAAUUAUCAGAAAAACAACCUGCUUUUAUAGCAAGUAUUUUAUCUAAGAUAGCAUUUGUAGUUCCUUCUACUAACAAAAAUCGAUUAAAAUCAAUUCCACAUCUUUCAAGUUUUGGAAGAUACAAUCAAUUAUCUGUAAUAACAUCACUUGAUAUAUUAAUUUCUAAAUAUUGGAUUGGUUUUCAAUAUUGGUUUUACUGGUUUCUAAAUUGGUUUAAAAAUUGGACUCAAUGGUUUCAAAAUUUGUUUCAAAAUUAUCCUAUAUUCACUUAUUUAGUUUGGUUAUUAAUUUUAUUAUUAGCUGCAUCAAAUGUUUUAUUUAUACCGAUAUUAUUUUUAUUUGUUAGUGGAUUUUAUUAUAUUGUUAAUUGUUGUCUUUAUUCUAUAGAUGAGAACCCAACUUUAGUGCUUGCAUUUCCUAUACCAAAUUUUGUUUCUUAUUCAAAAGAUUUUUACCAUCCAUUGAAAGCAUUUUUGUUACCUACUCCAAGUUGUUUUAUAUACUCGAAUAAGCUUGAAAAGAUAAAUUAUGAAUUUUAUAAAUAUUUAAAUGGAAAAGCACUAAUUGAGUUUAAAUGGAAUACUUAUGGUAAAAUAUAUUAUUUAGCAAAUUGGGCAAUUUAUACAGCUUUUCUUGGCAGUUUUAUUACUUUUUCUAGUUUAUCGAAUGAUAUUACUUGGAAUCAUCAAAAUUUUUUCUUGAUCACUACCUUUAUUUUUGGUUUUUGGCUUCUAUCUAAUGAAAUUCGUCAAUUUAUGUAUAAUCCUCUAAGAUAUUUUUCAAGUAUUUGGAAUUAUCUUGAUAUUACUGCUUUAAUAUCUACGUUAGCAACUUCUUAUUAUUGGUUAAAUAAUGGCUCUGUUCCAACUUGGGCUAUCACAUUUUCAACUUUAUUUCUCGAAUUAAAAUUUAUUCUUUUUUUUCGAGAUUUAACCCCUAUUUCUUCAUGGAUUUCAAAUGAAAAUAUUGAAAUAAUGCUUUUAAUGAUUGUAGUUUCAUUUUUCACAUUAAUUUAUCUGAUGAAUUUAUUUAUUGGAAUUAUUAGUAAUUUAAUUAGUGAUGAUGAAAAUAGAAAUAUUUCUUAUUUAAUUUUAAUUGCUGAGAUUCUUGAUGAAAUUGAGUUGUCAUAUAUGUUACCACAUCAACGAAGAAAAGAAAAUUGGUUUCCAUAUACUUUUUUUUAUGGAUGUCAUACAUAUGAGCUUCGAGAGCAUAUAAUAAAUAUUCAAAACAAUAAAUCAACAGGAUUUAUGCCUUAUUUAUCAAAUAAUCUUAAAGAAGCUCUUAAACCUUUUGAAGAACAAACUGAUUAUAAACAAAUAAAAAAUAUAAUUACUACACAUGCUGAGACAAUUGAUGAAAUAAAAAAAUCUUACGAUAAGGCAUUUAAAAAUUUAGAAGAAUUAAUAAAUAAUAUUUCUAAUAAAUUAGAUAGUAAUAAUUUAACGAAUAUUUAG